UUGAAUUUUACUUAUUCUAUUUGCCUUCUUUUUACCUUUUCUUUGAGAGCAUCAUUAACAUUCUGAUCAGAAACAUUCUUUUUUUCUUUAUCUCAAGAAUUGUUCAAUGGAAAUACUUGUAAAUGUUGUAGGUGGCAUUGUUGUUGAGGUGGGAAAGUUUGUAUCUACCUGCAUCUAUCCGAAGAUUGAAAAUACUGUCUGUUUCUCAUCAAAAAUUGAAAAUUUAAGGGAGGAAAUGGCGAAGCUAACAAAGUUUAGAGAUGAUAUCAAAGGAAAGGUGGAAAGAGCUGAGGAAGAAGGUUAUAAACCAAAACCAAAUGUUAUCAAAUGGAUCGAAGAUGUUUGCGAGCUGGAGAAAGAAUGGAAGUCUAUGCAAGAAAGCAUUGCAGCGGCGAAGAAGAUUGUGUAUAAAUGUUGUCCAAAAUGUAGCCUCCGCUCGGAAGUCUCCACUCAAGCACGGGUCAUACGAGAUCAACUUUGCAGGCUUAUAGAGGUAGGGAAAAACUUUGGAUUCAAUUUGGUGAUAGAAAAUUACCAGAUGAAAAAAGUUGAGUUCAUCCCGGGAUCAUCAAUAGAAGGACAGUCAACAACAAUAAGGAAUCUUAGCAAACUCCUACGACUAUUAGAAGAUGAUGAAGUAUCCAUCAUUGGUGUGUGGGGUACAGGAGGAGUUGAAAAGACAACAUUGGUGAAGAAUCUGAACAAUGAGCUCCUAAAGAUUGAUGAAUCAAGUUUUAAACUGUGUUUUAGUGUUGUGAUAUGGGUUACAGUGCCCAAACCUCCAAUAGAGAUAAGAAAGAUUCAAGCACAAAUUGCCAGCAGAUUAAACUUAAAGAUAGAUAAUGAGGGAAGUGUAAUAAGCAUUGCCAGCAAAAUCUAUCUAAGGCUCAAGCAAGAAAAGAGUUUCCUUCUCAUAUUGGAUGAUGUUUGGGAAGCUAUAGACUUGGAUCAUGUAGGUGUGCCCCAACAUAAAGAUUCCACAAGAAGCAAGAUAAUUUUAACUACUCGGUUUUUGGAUGAUUGUAGGCAAAUGAAAACGAGACCAUACACCGAAGUGAAUGUUUCCACAUUGGAGGAGGAUGAAUCUUGGCAAUUGUUUGUCAAAAAUGUUGGGGAUGAUGUAAAUCUGGAGCAUAUUCAACCAUUGGCAAAGGAAAUUGUCAGAGAGUGUGGUGGUUUGCCUUUAGACACUGUUAUUGCAACAUCUAUGAGAGGGAAUACAAGGGUCGAGCUCUGGGAAGAUGCUUUGAAAUCACUUAGAAUGUCCGAACCUCAUAACAAAGAUGUUGAGAAAAAGGUCUAUAUGGUCAUCAAGUCGAGUUUUGAUUCUUUAGAAUCUCGGGAUAUUGAACUACCCUCAGAGAAAAGAAGCAAACAUGGCAACAAAAAGAGAGGCGACAUUCAAAGUUGUUUCUUGUAUAGCUCCUUAUAUCCGGGGGAUAUUCCAACAGAUGAUCUCAUAAAUUGUUGGUGGACUGAGGGGAUCCUCGAUGAACAUGACACAUAUGAAGAAGCCUACAACAGGGGAAUCACAAUGAUUAGGAGUCUAAUAGAUGCCUGCUUGCUAGAAAUGCAUGAGACGGAUUUCGUGAAGAUGCAUGACGUGGUUCGUGAUGUUGCUAAAUGGAUAGCUAAUUCCUUUGGGGAUGAACACACUUCUAUUUUUCAAGCUGGAAUUGGGUUGACAGAUAUAUCACAUAUUAAAGUAUCAGCUUCUGUCAAGAGAAUAUCUUUAGCAAGUAACAGAAUUGAACGUCUACCUGAUUGCUUCACAAAAUGCCCAGAGACAACAUCGCUACUUUUGCAAGACAAUGAACACCUUGAGAAGAUGCCCCAUGAUUUUUUCUUGGCAUUUCCAUCCCUAAGAGUUCUGAACCUGAGUGGAACUGGUAUUAGCGUAUUGCCUUCUUCCAUCAGUAGUUUAUAUCAGUUGCAUUCUCUAAUACUGCAACAUUGUCGUUGGUUGAAAGAGUUACCACCUAUUGGUGAUCUUUGCAAUUUGCAAUUGCUUGAUUGUGAUAAUACAAGGUUAUGCUGUCUGCCGCAAGGAGUGGAAAAAUUGUCAAAUAUGAGGCUAUUGAAUAUGCCUGCAUCUGAUUUGGAGAGCAGCAUCGGCCAAGGAUUUUUCCUCAAAUUGUCUAGCAUUGAAAUGUUAAAUAUGGGGGCUUCGCUUGGACCAACUUCUUUUCAUGAGAUAACAUCUCUACACAAUGUGACUUCUCUUUUCAUUAGAUUGGGUUGCUCAAUAAUUUUCAAUAGAGACCACACCUGGAUGACCAAAUUGAAACGAUUUCGUAUUGAAGUCUGGAAAACUUCACUUUAUAUACCAUUCAACAAGUCAAGAAAGGAGAUAAUUGUCUCCAAGUGUGAAAUUUUCAGCAACAGAGAGCUCUUGGGCAUGAUGCAGUUUGCUUCACAUUUGUAUUUGGAAGAAUUCAUGGGUCUCAGGAAGUUGUUUGCGUACAACAGUUUUGAUGGAUUAAAAUCACUACACAUAGAGAGUUGUUCAUCUGAUUUCGGACCAGCAGAAGAAGGAAUAGGACAGAUUGACCAUUUGCUAAAUCUGGAACAUCUCAGCCUCGUUUGUGUAGAUAACUUACAGAGUGUUUCUGAUUUUGGUCAUGUAAGAUUUUCUAAAUUACGCCAACUGGAUAUAAAUAUUUGUGAUAGUUUAACAUGUCUUUUCAACGUUGGUGGAACUUUUUCUGUACCCAACCACUUGGAAGAAAUUAAAAUUAGCUAUUGUGAAGAGCUGGUAGAGUUGUUUGUGCAAUGCAGCAGCUCAACUCAAAUUCCAAAAAUUAGGAAGUUAGUGUUGAGAUACUUACCAAACUUAGGAACUUUGGGGGAGCCGCAGAGUAUGUGGGAACACCUCGAGGAACUUAAGGUGAUCAAUUGCAAUGAAAUAAGGAAGUUGCCGCACUCUAUUCGAACCUCCAACCACAUCAAAGUAAUAAGGGGAAAACCAGAAUGGUGGAGCCAAUUGGAGUGGGACGACCACAACUUCAAGUCAAAUUUAGAGCAUUGUUUCACAGAAUCCUACUGGUAGAAGGAUCAACUUCCCCUUGCAUUUCAGGGAACUGAAGAAAGCAAAGGAAAGAGCUUCCCAAACCAAAGAGACACAAUUUUGAGCUAUAGUUAAUCGAUCGAGUUUGCUAUGAUGUAUUUCCCGUCAGAUAUCAUAGGUUUUUCCUACCAAUAAUUGUUCCUUGUCUGUACUAUUUGUGCUUUCUGAUUUC